GCAGGACGGGGGCCACAUUUAUAGCAGACACUUCAGUACAGUUCCGAGUCAAAGUUCAAACGUUCAUCGACUCGGCUAAUACUCGAGUACUAGUAUGGUUGAACUCAGUUGCUUCCCAGCGCCAAGAAGUGUUUGCUUACGUAAUAAUCUAGCGCUCGUGUGCGUUUAACAAUCCCGACGGAACCACAGGAGAGCUCGAUCUUUCGUCUAUCACAAAGUUUAUUCGUCUUUCUUUCUUUUCCUUCUUUCUGUUCCUUCAAUCGUUUUAUGAUCUUGGUUCAAAAUGUUCACUGGUAACGGUAUCAAAUUCUUCAGUGGUACAAGCCACCCGGAGCUUGCAGAAAUAAUCGCUCGCCGGUUGGGCGUUUCCAUCGGAAAGGCGGAACUCACGAAAAGCGGAAUUGGCGAAAGCCAUGUUCGCAUUGCUGAAUCCGUUCGCGAGGACGACGUGUACAUUAUCAACACAGGAUGUGGCCAGAUCAACACCGCACUCAUGGAACUAUGUAUUAUGAUUCAUGCUUGCAAGAUUGCUAGCGCGAAACGCAUUACUGCCGUCCUGCCUCUCUUUCCAUACGCACGGCAAGACAAAAAGGAGAAGAGUCGUGCUCCCAUUACGGCAAAGCUCGUGGCGAAUAUGCUUCAGAAAUCAGGAUGUGACCAUGUCAUCACUAUGGAUCUCCAUGCCUCCCAGAUACAAGGAUUCUUUGACGUACCUGUUGACAACCUAUAUGCGGAACCAUCAGCGAUCCAGUACAUCCGUGCCAAUUUCGAUCUGACAGACCUUGUCAUAGUUUCCCCCGACGCAGGGGGCGCUAAACGUGCAACUUCCAUGGCGGAUCGGUUAGGUGUAGACUUUGCUCUCUUCCACAAAGAGCGCAAAAAGGCGAACGAAGUUUCCCGCAUGGUGCUGGUCGGGCGAGUAGAAGGCAAGACAGCCAUCCUGGUGGACGAUAUGGCAGACACUUGCGGCACGCUGUGCUUGGCUGCCAAACAUCUUUCGGAGGCCGGCGCUGUUCGGGUCUGCGGUUUUGUCACGCAUGGGAUUCUCAGCGGCAACGCUCUGCAAACGAUCGAGGAUAGCACUUUGGAGAAGCUUGUGGUGACAAACACGCUGCCUCAAGCUGAAAAUUUGGCGAAAUGCAAGAAAAUGGAGGUCAUUGAUAUUGGCAAUGUGCUUGGGGAAGUGAUCCGGAGAAGUCACUAUGGCGAGAGCGUUUCAAAGCUGUUCGACGAAGUACCGUACUAGACAAUGGUAGAAGAAGCGAACGAGCUGAGGGGUGGAAGUGACGAAGUCCUCGAUAUUUAAACGAGCAAACGCGAAAGACAGGAUACUUGGAGAGGAUUGAAAACAAUGUAUUAUCUAUCAUAGAGUCGUCUUGAAUACAUGUACUUAUCGCCUACUUAGUGUAAUAGCCAUGCAUCCAGCCACGAGGCUUACCAUCAUCCCAUCGAGAACUAAGUUUGAAUGAAAAUCGC